GCCGCGCAGGCCAGGAAGAAAAAAGUAAAUCCCCGCCGCUCCGGGUCCGAUCCAUCCAACCACCGCGCGCCGUCCCAUCCCGGCCGUGCGGCGCCACGCAGCGACGACGAACGAUCCCCACAAAAGCAGCCGCACCGGCCACCACGCGGCUGUCGCGAGCUAGAGCUGAGGAGGAGCUCCGGCCCAGCCACCCCGGAAUGGGCUCCAGCAGCCCGGCGGUGCCCGACCCGGCCCUCGCCCUCGGCCUCCGCCACCCCGCCGCCCUCGCCCGCCGCAUCGCCAUGGCGCGCGGCGUCGCCGUCGCGCCCGCGCUCCGCCCCUGGCUGCUCGUCGACGCCGUGCCUCUCGUCGUCGUCGUACUCAUCGCCGCCCACGUCCUCGCCCUCGGCUACUGGAUCUACAGGCUCGCUACCGAUGGGUCCAAGCACCCUGCGCGGAGCAAGAAGCACUAGAAGGCUAAUGUUUUUACAUGUAAGUCUUGCACCGUCUGGUUGUUGAUUCCAGAGGUCCAAUGUAAAGGGAUUGUGUAGCAAAGCUCAUGCAAGGACUGAAGACAAAGAACAAGUCACUUACAGUGAUUUGUUCAGAUCUUGGUUGCUGUUUCAGAAGCGAGUUGGCUUGUGUGUGAAAGGAGGGGCCUUAUGGUCAUAAAUAGUUUUGAGUUGUUCAAAAGGUUUGUUAUAGGUGAUCUUUCCCUGUCAAAACCGUCAGCUAGAUAACUGCUCUCAGUUACAUCUGAUGUGGGCUUGUAUAAUCUUGUGAGCAGCUUUUUCUUUGCUCUGAACAACAUAAUUUUUGGAUAGGAGGCACUUCUGAGAGUUUUUAUUAAACUGUACUAAAUUAAAUACUGAAUCUCUUGGGAAAA